AUGGAAGAUCAAGUGCAAAUUAAGAUGAUUCCUAGUGAAAUGCUCAAAAUUGUACCGAUAUUCAACGGUGAUAAGCACCAAUUAAAUCUUUUUAUUCGCAAAUGUGAGUAUAUAUUAAAUAAAUAUAGGGGAUCCGAUGAACAAAAUUUAUACGUAAUGUACGCGAUAACAAGUAGACUCGUAGGCGACGCUGCAGCGCUCUUUAGCGAGCGCGAGGACAUUAAUUCGUGGGAAGAUUUUAGAGAACUGCUAAUUCAACAUUUUGGAGACCCUAGGAGUGAAGAAUGUAUUGCUAUAGAACUUGAAGGUUUGCGUAUCCGAAACAACGAGUCAUAUUUAGAUUUCUGUAAUAGGAUCCAAUCCGUUCGUAGUGUUUUAAUAUCGAAAGGGUCACAAUCAAAACUAACUCAAUUUAAUAAUAAUCAACAAAAUUUUGGAUACCGCCCCCAACAAUUCGGCUUCCGCCCGCAACAAUUUGGUAUAAGCCCGCAACAGUUUAAUAUGCGCCCACAACAAUUUAAUAUGCGUCCUCAACAGUUCGGGAUGCAGCCACAAAUAUUUAAUAAACCUCAACAAUUCGGUAUGCGCCCACAACAAUUCGGUAUGCGCCCACAACAAUUUGGAAACCAACAACAAAACUUUUAUAAGCCCCAACAAUUUGGUUACAAGCCUCAGUUAAAUAAAAAUCAAUACACUGGGCCCAGUGACGUCACAAUGCGAACGGCACCACCACUUAAAACAAAUCAACAAGGCUUUCAGUUAAAUGAACUCGACCUUGAUAAUACGUAUUACGAUGAUGCGUGCAGCGAUGUGUACCCACUUUCUUAUGAUAACUGCUGCUAUGAGGAGUACUCAAGCAGUGGCCUUAAUGUUCCCGAGCUCGAUUAUUAUGAAAAUCAAUAUCCGACAAUAAUUCCUGAAGUAACACAAAUCGUCCCAACCAAUAAUGACGACAAGGAUUUUCAGGUCGAAGCCUCGGAACUUACGAAAAAAUAG